CCGGGGAGCGGGGGCAAAGCCAGCGCAGUGACGCAGUUUGUAUACGCGGUGAGCGGCCUAGCGGAGCCGAGACCGGGAACCCACCUCAGCGAGUUGACUAUGGAUUUAGCGGCUUCAUGGAGACGAUAGAUCCCAGUGCUGUGUGUUGUUCCACGCUUGGAUUCAAUGCGGACUGUUCCUUUGCUACUGCGCUCUAUGACGCCUGGUGGUGAGCUACAAUACAGUGAAAGUUGAUCGUUUGUUCAUCUGUGAGCUUCCAGCCAAAAAAAAAUGAUGGAGCUGCCCAAUAUAACCAAGGACAUCAUUCAACGGCAGAUAAAGGAGCGGAACACUCUGCAGUUUGAGCGUCGAUACCAUGUCAUUGAUCCGUUCAUCAAACGAUUGGGCCUGGAAUGUGAGCUUGAGGGUCACUCUGGUUGUGUGAACUGUCUGGAGUGGAAUGAAAAGGGCGAUUUGCUGGCCUCAGGAUCAGAUGAUCAGCACACUAUUCUCUGGGAUCCUUUCAGCUCCAAGAAACUGCUGACUAUGCAUACAGGGCACACUGCUAACAUAUUCACAGUGAAGUUCCUUCCCCACUCGAAUGACCGCACACUGAUCACUGGGGCUGCUGAUUCCAAAGUGCACGUCCAUGACUUGACCGUAAAGGAAACUGUUCACAUGUUUGGCGAGCACACCAAUCGGGUGAAGCGAAUUGCAGCAGCUCCCAUGUGGCCCAGCACAUUCUGGAGUGCAGCAGAGGAUGGAACAGUCAGACAAUAUGAUCUCAGAGAGAGCAGCAAGCGCUCGCAGAUACUGGUGGACCUCACAGAAUACUGUGGACAACAAGUGGAGGCCAAGUGCCUGGCCAUUAAUCCUCAGAACAACAACUAUCUGGCUGUCGGGGCAAGUGGGCCCUUUGUUCGUGUCUAUGAUGUUCGCAUGAUUCACAAUCAUAGAAAAGCAGUAAAGCAAAGCUCAGUGCCUGGAGUGCAUACAUUCUGUGACAGGUACAAAUCUGUGCCAGAUGGAGCUGUUCAGUAUUAUGUAGCAGGUCAUCUCCCAGAUUAUAAUAACCGUCUUCGUGUGCUUGUGGCCACUUACGUGGCCUUCAAUCCUGAUGGAACUGAGCUCUUGGUCAACAUGGGAGGGGAGCAGGUUUAUUUGUUCGAUCUAACAAACAAGCAAAAGCCCUACACAUUUUUGCUACCCAAGAAGUGCCACUCUAAUGAUUUACAGAAUGGAAAAUCGAUGGCCAAUGGAGUUACAAAUGGAAUCCAUCUUCAUAGUAAUGGCUUUAGGCUGUCGGAUGCAUGGCCACAAAGUAGUGUUCCCUAUGAAUUGUCACCACACUUAGAAAAGCUCAAACAGCAAGCAAACGAUGCCUUCGCUCGGCAACAAUGGACACUGGCCAUUCAGCUUUAUAGUAAGGCCAUUCAGCAAGCAGCCAGAAACCCCACACUUUAUGGCAACAGAGCUGCAGCCUUCAUGAAGCGCAAAUGGGAUGGAGACCAUUACGAUGCUCUCAGAGACUGUCUGAAAGCAAUUUCUUUGAACCCCUCCCACCUGAAGGCCCAUUUUCGUCUGGCACGUUGCUUGUUCGAGUUGAAGUAUGUUGCCGAGGCUCUGGAGUGCCUUGAUGACUUUAAGGGCCGUUUUCCUGAACAAGCCCAUAGCAGUGCCUGCGAUGCACUAGACCGAGAUAUCAAGGCUGUGCUCUUUGCAAAGAAUGAUAACUCUGAUGAGAAAAAGACAGGUUCUACAACCCCAAUCCGCGUCCGAUCAAGUGCGAGGAAGGAUUCCAUCUCCGAUGAUGAGGUGAUUCUGAGAGAGCGAGGUUACGAUUAUAAGUCGCGCUAUUGUGGCCAUUGCAAUACUACUACGGACAUCAAAGAAGCCAACUUUUUUGGGAGUAAUGGUCAAUACAUCGUCAGUGGAUCUGACGAUGGAUCGUUUUUCAUCUGGGAAAAAGAGACAACAAACCUCGUUCGUGUUCUGCAGGGAGAUGAAUCGAUAGUGAACUGUCUCCAGCCUCACCCAAGGCACUGCUUCCUCGCAACAAGUGGCAUUGAUCCUGUGGUUCGUCUUUGGAGUCCAAGACCAGAGAGUGAAGAUCAAAACGAAAGAGUGAUUGAGGACAUGGAAGGGGCUUCACAAGCAAACCAACGACGAAUGAACGCAGACCCGUUAGAAGUAAUGCUUUUAAAUAUGGGAUGCAGGAUUACCGGACUAUCCAACAGUGGAAUGGCCUCAGAUGAUGAAGAAAACUCCGAUGGCCAGGUGCAGUGUCGGCCGAGUUAAGCGACUGGAAGGACAGCGCACUUGGGACAGACCAGCAAACAACCAUCAGUUUAGUGUCCGUGGCUGAAACACUACACUGUCCUCAGCUACACAUAAGCCAUGUUCAAGAAGCAGUGACAGGGUUUGCGUCCUUUCCAACGUCUGUCUCACUCUCAUAUGGAUGGACCCUAUACCAGUCUGCAGAAGCUUCAGCAAUGUUGCAGCCCUCUAGUGAACUGGGUCAAAGCUGACCUGAGACACAUACAGGAGACAAAUUGUUUCUGAUGACUGAGAAAGACACGUUUGAUAAGCAGAACAUUUUGUAAAUUGUUUAGGUGCUGCUUUCGGUUUGUAUAAAUGCUUCCUCUUCUAUCAUAUUCAGGCCCUUCAUGGUGAUGGUCCAUCAGCAACAGACAGUCAUAUUGUGGUAAAGCAAAUUCUGUUAACAAACCUACAGUCACACUUUGAGUCUGUGUUUCCAAAUGCAAUUUUCAUUGUAGGAUCAUUGUAGAGGGUCACUGUCCUUGAUAAGGUCCUUAGCUAACUCUUCUGUCCAUCUCAGCCCAGUUAUAGAGUGGGAAGAUAAGUAACUGAGCAUGUUAGGUGAACCAGGCAUGCUGAUUUAUGGUCAUGGGAAGCAAUCCAAUUGCAUUUGCUGUGAGGUUGACAAUAACUAUAGUAAAGGAUGAGCCUGAUUCAGGAAUACCUCAGUACAGGGCCUGUGAACAAUCUAAGUGGGUUUCUCCCCAUAUACAUUGUCCCAACUCCCUCCUCUCCCCUCAAACCCACACCUUCCCCUUCCUCUCCCCUUGGCCUUCCCCAUCCCUACUCCUUGCUCAGCCUCUGCCAAGCCCUCCUCUCCCCUCGAACACCCCCUCCUCUGCCCUCGAACACCGGCCACUGCUCUCUUCUCGAACAUACCAGCCCCUCCUCUCCCCUCAAACACCCCCUACCCCUCUCCCCUCCAACAUCCCAACCAUACUUCUUCCCUUGAACACCCCACCCCCUCCUCUGCACUUGAACACCUGCCAGUACUCUCCUCUUGAACACCCCCUACCCCUCUCUCCUCGAACACCUUGGCCACGCCUCUCCCCUCAAACACCCCAUCCCCCUCCUCUCCCCUCAAACACCUCGGCCACAUCUCUUCCCUAGAACACCCCAACCCCCUCCUUGAACACUCUGGCCCCUCCUCUCCCCUCAAACAUCUGCCAUUGGUCUCUCCUCGAACAACCUGGCCCCUCCCCUCCCCUCAAACACCCCCUACCCUCUCCCCUCGAACACCUUGGCCACAUCUCUUACCUAGAACACCCCACCCCCCUCUCCUCGAACAGCCUGGCCCCUCCUCUCCCCUCGAACUCUCCCCUUGAUCUACCCCCCACCCCCACCCCUCAUGGCUUUUAACGCACCGAGUCUGUGAUUAUCAUCUGCUCUCCAAUACGUGGAAUGUCCAGUGCUCCUAAUAAGGAAUCCCUUGGAUUGUAUUAAAGAGCCAAAUCUUAGUCCUUUUAGGAUCUUGGAAUAAUGUCAUCUUUGACAGAAGACUUAGCAUAUGCCGUGUGGAUUAGUUAUCUUUUGGUCUGUUUUUACGGCCUGCAGCACCCGGUUGAUACGAUGUAUACACUUAGUGAAAUACUGUGUUACCAGCUUUGCAUAAAUGCAGCACUAUCAGUGGUGGAGCAGGGAGGGGUGAUCUGUCGGUCUCAUUCUAACUCAUUUUUGUUUUGUGAAGUGGAGGAACUUUUAUUGGGUAUUUAAAAGUUGUGGAGUGAGGUAGAGGAGAGAGUUUCACCUCUGGGAGAGGUGGUGUGAAAUGCUGGCUGGAAUGUGUCUGGAGAUGGUGGGAGGCUAACACCCAUUUUAUUAGAGUAUAGAAUGGGAUGUAUGUCAAGCCUGGUGGAGUCAGUAAGCAAAUUAUAUUUCCACUUCUGAGACAGCGCUGAAAUUUAACACUGAGGGAAUAUGCUGCCUCAUUUGGUUCCUCUUGAACUGAAUGAAGUAUUACACAGAAACUAAUGAUUUGGAGCAGGAAGACAGACGGUGUGCAAGGUGGAAUAUCUUGGAGUUGACAAAGUUCUGUGCUGUGAUGUAGGGUUCUCAGUACAAGGGCACUUACCUGCAGGUGUGUAGUGGAAGACAACAAAUUGUACGCUCAUUGUGCAUAAGAGAUCUGAUUCGUUCUGUCUUUGCUGCCAAUGAGUGUACAAUACAGAGGGUGUUUGAUUUACUGACACCAUCACUUUCUGUACAAGCAAAUUCAUCACUUGUAUAGGCUGUUUGCUGGAGACAAGUCUUCUUCAAUGACACCCAGUGUUCACUUACUGCUGAAUUGGAAAUGGAUUCAUGUCACUGCUGUAUCCAUUUAUUUUGAGGUCACUAAUUUAUUACUUUCAUAAGAAUGGAAGAAAUUAUUGGUUCCGGUCCACAAAAAUGGGUCAAAAGCCCCCCAUCAUCUGCACAAUGAUGGCUUAGUCACUGAUCACUUGAAAUUACCAACCCAGCAAUUACUUUUCUGCUUAAAUGCUCACUUAAACUGAUCAAAUAGAAGGUGAGGUGUUAAAUUAUUUAAGAUAUAUUUCUUGAAAUUCUCCAUAGGAUCUACAGUUAGUACUUGACCAGGAGAAGAUGUUAAGAUUGAGAUAUUGUCAGAAUCCAAAGUUAACUGCCAGCUACUCCCACUAUCAGCCAUAAUGUCUCUGACUGCAUUGCUGAAUUGUUAAUAGUUGAGUAUAAUUUAGGUAUGACGUGGUUAUGAAUCAGAAUAUUUCAACAUAAAAUCCUGCCUGGGUCUUUUGCUCAUUUGCAGUUGUUUGAGACUCUGGAACUGAAGCUGUAACUGACACUGGCGUCAAUCUAUCAAUGCGUGGCACUGGGAUUACUUUCAACUGGCUUAUUGGCUGAGUCAUUGUGGUGAGAUUAGUGGGUCAGUAAUUGCAAAUCCACCAACUCACGAGUUUGGUGCCAAUUGUAUGUUUAAACCUCACACAGUUUGUUGCUCCUGUUCUUGUCUGUGUAUUGAUGAUGACUUGCCCGUGGGAAGCUGCUAACUGUAAAAUUAAAAUGUUGCUCCAGAGUGUUGAAUUUUGCCAGCAUUAAAUGGCCAAUUUAGCAGAGUGUUGGUUUUUCUAUAAUUCCUCAUUCUAAAUGGACUACUGCUUUCAACAACCUUGUUACUCCUCGUGUCAGUGCAAUAAAAACUCAAACCCCAGUAAUAUGGUCAUUAAAUACUGAAGUUUUACCUAUG